AGAGUGCCGCUGCAGCAUUCUGGCUGAGGGCGUAACGUUCGGGUUUAGUUUCGCGGGCAGAAUGAACGCCUUUUCGAUCGCCUUGCUUUUGUCGGCGCCUUUGAGGGCAGUGGCCUGGGCUGAUUGGUGCCAGUAUGUGCCGUAUUACUCCCAGCAGUACGUGGCUGCGUGCAGUUCUCAGGCUGCUUACAGCGGGGGCUGUGCCGGCUGGUGCCAGUGGGUGCCGAGCCCAUCUUGGGUUUACGUUGGUGAGUGCCAGGCAUGCUAUCGCAGCUUUGUGUCCAAGCCAGGACAAAGAACAGGUCUGAAGGUGAAAUUUGCCUCCACCCUACCCGCUCUGCCCGACUGGUGCCAGAAUGUGCCCCUCGGCGCUUUGAAGUACGUGGCCGAGUGCGGCGGCACUACUCCAGUGGGUGUGGCUGGGGCUGGAGAUUUCGCACAAGGCUCCCCAGCCCCGCAAGAGGCGGCUGCAGAUGCCGCUGUAGCCAAAGCUGCCGGUGCCGACGCAGAUCCCAAAGCCAGUGCCAACCCUACCAGUGCGGACGCCACUGGCAGUGAGAUUUUGCCAUGAUUCCGCGGGCUGUGCCGCUUUAGGCCACUCGGCAGGUUUUUUAGCAAACCCUACGCAAGCGACGCCUUGCAAUGUACAGACAAGCGCUGCCAUGUACAGGUGCAGCGCAAAUUGUGCUACACUAAAACCUGGAAAAGCGAAGAUCGGCACACUGCGAGAAAGCUCGCGAUCAAUCCUGGCCAAGUUUGCAUGAGGCUCGCGCAAGCGGCAGAGAGGCGGAAAGCAUCCGUUUUAGUUGUUCCUGCUGGAUUGUCGACUUGUGUGAGUUCAAAAGGAGCAGCCAGCAUGCCAUGUGGAGGAAGUGGGGUUGGGCACUGUACCGCUCGCGCAUUGUGAUUCAUUGGAAUGUGUGAGUCGCCUUCUCGACCCAAUUGGUGAGUGCUUGUGAGUGACAAUCAAGCCCUUGGAUUCGUUGAUUUGGGUGGGUGAGGUGC